UUUUAUUUUUUGUGUUAAAAAGAAUAUGAAAGGUAAAGUGGGAGGAGGAGGAGGAGGAGGAGGGGAAGAGGAAGGAGGGAGACAAAAAGGGGAGAGAUUGGUGGAAAAGUUGAGGAGAAGAGCUGUGUUGUGGGUAGGCCACAAUCAUAGAGGAGUUGGGCGGCCUUCCACUCCGGCGCACGUUAGCUUCUUCCCUUACCCUUCUCACAAUCCCACCUCUUCUGUUUCCUCUAGGAAGCUCGCUGCCGCUCUCUGGGAGUUCCACCGCUACUACGACCGCCCUCUUCCCCCUGCUAAAAUGCACCGCGGUGCGCAUGGUACCACCGCCACUAGCAGCCGCCGUCACCGGCAGGGGAAGGCGGUUCUUGCGGACGCUGGUCUUGACGUCUCUCGCUUUCUCCCCGAUGCCUCUCCUGACAACCAGCCAGAGAGUGCAGGAAGUCUGAGAAGGCACAUUGCUCAAACUCUGAUGAAGCAUCAUCAGCUGGUCGAAAGAAGUAACCAGGCUUUGCAACCCGUUUCUCCCGCUAGUUACGAUAGUUCCCUCGAGGUGGCUCCGUAUAACCAAGCGGCAACACCGAGCAGUUCGGUAGAGUUUCGGGGAGGAAGACGGGCAGGUGAGCCUCAUUACAACCUCAAGAAGACAUCCACCGAACUUCUUAAGGUACUGAACCGAAUCUGGAGCCUCGAGGAGCAACAUUCCGCUAAUGUUUCGGUUAUAAAAGCUCUGAAAGCCGAGCUUUCUCAUGCACGUGUCCGAAUCAAAGAGCUUCUCAGAGACCAGAAAGCUGACAGACAUGAGCUCGACGAUCUGAUGAAGCAACUGGCUGAGGAUAAGAUGUUGAGGAAAUCUAAGGAACAUGAUCGGAUAAGUUCCGCUGUUCAGACAGUGAGGGAAGAGCUGGAAGACGAGAGGAAACUGAGAAAACGGUCCGAGAGUUUGCACAGGAAACUGGCAAGGGAGCUGUCAGAAGUGAAGUCUACGCUUUCGAGCUGCGUGAAGGAGCUCGAGGGAGAGGCGAAGUCGAGGAAGAUGAUGGAGAGACUUUGCGAUGAAUUUGCCAAAGGGAUUAAGAGUUAUGAACGAGAAAUUCACGCGUUGAAUCAGAAACUGGGUAACGAAUGGGAAGGACGGGAUGAACGAGAUCGGAUGGUUCUGCAUAUCGCGGAAUCAUGGCUUGACGAGAGGAUGCAGACGCAUGGUGAUGGUUCAGUGUUGGAGAAGCUCGAGUUCGAGAUAGAGGCCUUCCUUCGAGAUAAGCAGAAGACGGGUUCUACUGAAAACCCUAACACCUUGCAGAGGAAUCGCCGGAGUUCACUGGAAUCCGUCCCGCUUAACAGCGCUCCACCACAGGAUGGGGGUGAUGAGGAAGAUUCUGCGGGAAGCGAUUCGAAUUGCUUCGAGCUCAAGAAAUCCGGGAACGAAGUUGUGAAGUCACCGAGAGAUGAAUCUGAGAAACCGAACCAACCAAGCAGGGAUGCUGAAUCUGAAGAAAAGCCGAAAAGGAAGAGUAAAAGCUCAUCGAGUUUACAAGUGAAGUUCGAGGAGCAGAUGGAAUGGGCAAUGUCUUGCAACGGAAAGAAGAAAACGCGAGCUGUGGAUAUCGAAGAGGAGGAAGAAGAAGGGUUAGAGCCCGAGAACUGCGAGAAGAACAGAAGCAGAAACAGUAGCAACAAGACGGAGGAAAUCGAUCGACCAAAUUCGAACAGUGUGAUAGGGGAAAUGAUCAGAAAACAUCAGAGGUUAUUGUCUGGAAGCCAUGAGAAUGAUGAAGCAUCUUGCAGCUACCCAUCUCAGAGACAGGCCAGCCCUGUUCGUCAAUGGACAUCCAGAACCAUUACACCUGAUCUUGUCGAUUUCUCUGUCACUGAGAAGGCGACUCAAGUAGCAAAAGAUAACAACACGUUGAAAGCUAAGCCCGCUGAAGUGAGAUCGAAGAGUUCACGGCCACGUUUACGCCUUUUUAAGGGCUGAAUCAUGGAUUCCGACACUGGAGAGAGAUCGAAUGUGGUUGAAACUGAUCUUCAAGUUCAUGGGUUUUCUUCAAUUUGUCUAUCUGCAUGUUUCUUGUAUGGAUCGGACAAACUGUAGCGAUGUAAUUUAUUACUUGUAUAUGUGUGUAGUAUCAUCUCUAUCUCACAUUUUCAA